AUGGUGCGAAAUCAAAUACUAAAGUGCGUCCGGUAUGCGAUCCACGGCGGCGGUGCACUUGUUUUGCCUUCAAUGUCCUUGCGUAACGCGAAAGAUAUUACCGAUAUCGAGACGGGAAACGAAGUGCCUCUCGAUUACCUGCUGGAUCGCGAGGCCUUUAUAACACGCCUGACAGAAGGAUGUCCGGGGAUGACCGUGUACGAAAAGGCCACGGACUUUCCCUCCUACGAACACCGGCUAGGGGAGCCUUUGUCGUUAGUGGGAGACCAUUUCGAGCCAGACCACCCACGGGAGGGACUGAGAUAUCCGCGAAAAUGGCGAUACUUCUUCGACAAUUGGCUCGAAGAGCAGGGAGUCCGUGAACACAUGGGUCCAGACGCCCCGGUACACAUCAAGAUGGAGCAAUCAUUCCUCGAGUAUCCCGUACGCGACGACGGUGCCGCCUUUGUGCACGAAUUUGGCAAGAUCCUAUCCUUCAGGAACGACACGCGCGCUCUUGCGGCAAAGAUUCUCUACCUACUCAAGGAGAAAUUUGCGCUUCCUUUCGAUCCAAGAAAGGCCAUCAACCCCAAUGCCUACUUCGGUGCACAUCUACGGCUGGAGAAGGAUGCCACAUCUGCCUGGGGGCCAGAUGAAUGGCGGUUCUCUCGGAUGGAUGACCAAUUCGAAGAACAAUUCCGCUAUCUCGAGCGCACGGGUCUGAACGUUGUCUACGUGGCAUCUGGGAAUCAGACUGUGGUCGACAUUUUCGCGGAAAGGCUCAACAAGUAUCUUUCCAUAGAGACUGGUACGCCGAGGAGGAAUAUUACGGUGGUGACCAAAAACGAUCUGCUUCUCGGGGCCGAUCGCGAGCAGCUAGAUGCCCUAACAUUUGAUCAGCAUGCCCUGGUGGAUUUUCUUGUCAUGUUCAGAGCGAGCGCAUUCAUGGGCGUCGCCCAUUCCAGUUUUCCGUGGACGAUUGCCCUGCGGCGGCACGAGCUAAGUAAAUAUUCGAAAUUCGGCAACGAAGGCUCAGAUCUACUGAGAGACGAGUUCAGCAUCAUUAUGGGCAUGGAGGCCGACUACCCAUAUGCCGACCCCUUUGUUUAUGGCCUGUGGCCAUAG